AUGUGCCUCAAAACUGGGAUGAUCAACUGGUGGCUCAUGGGCCACUUCAAGUUCAUUGAAGGAGGGGUCCCGGCCUGUGGGGGUCUGGAUGCUGCUGGGCCGCUCUUCAAUGACAAGCCUCCAGAACAUCGACUGGACCCGACAGACGCUCAGUUUGUAGAUGUGCUGCACACAGACAUAGAUGCUCUGGGAUACAGGAAUCCUCUCGGUCAUAUCGAUUUCUACGCUAAUGGAGGAACAGACCAGCCUGGCUGUCCUAAGACCAUCUUUUCUGGGGGAUCCUAUUUUAAAUGUGACCACCAGAGAUCAGUGAUGCUUUUUCUCGACACCGUGGACAGAAAAUGUUCCUCCAGGGCAUUUCCCUGUUCAUCCUAUGAAGACUUCCUGGAUGGAAAAUGUCUAAACUGUGACCACUUUGGGGAAGCUGGGUGUCCUUUCUUUGGCUAUGACGUAAUACUGUGGAAAGACGUCCUGCUGAAAUCGACCCAAGCUAAAUACUACUUGACUACAAAUAAACAAUCUCCGUUUUGCAGGACAAACUACAAGGUUGAUGUAAUGAUCUGGAACAAGUCUGAGCGCUGGGGGUACAUCACCGUUAAACUCUACGAUGGCGAGAAAGAAGCCGUGGCAACAAUUGAUCACAAAGCCUCAGAGUUCAGGAGGUUCACAGAGACUGGACUGCUGGCUCAGUUUGACAGAGACAUUCAGUCGGUGAAGAAGGUCUCCAUCGUGUUCUCCACCGGGCAGGUGUUGCAGCCCAGACGGACCCUUCGGAUCCUCAGAGUUCGCCUCACGCACCUGGAGCACAAGAAGGCUCUGUGUCGAUACGACGUUCUUCUCCAAGAAAACACAGAGGUCACCUUCAGGCCUCAUCCCUGUGAAGAGUCCCAGUUCUGAAACCGAACCUGAGCCAGACCUCACUCAGGACAGCAACGCAGCAUCAUGCGUGUAUUUACAGACUGUUAUUAUCACGUACUAAAAUGUGAUUUGUUCCUUAACCUCCUGGAAUCCCUGUCCUCAUGUGAGGGCUUUUUUUUUUAUUUUACAUUUGUAAAUUACCAAUAUUUCAAAAACAAUAUACAUAUUUUAUGUCUGUGAGUUCCUAAUAAUCCAAACAACUAUUGAAAUUUUAAAAAAUGCACACCAAACACACACUCGGGUCUCAGGAGGAGAAGCUGUACAGAUUUAUUUUAAACAGAAUAUAGUAUUUUGUUUAUACUGUAUGUUGUAUAUUAAUGUUUUAAAACGA